CCCUAAGGUGUCCAGCGGUCGACGUUACGUGAUAAGCAGCAGCUGGACCCGGGAGGAAAGAAGAGACGAGCAGCCUGCUGUCUACGGGAACAGGAAUGAACGGUGAAGUGGCCAUGGAGGCCUCCAGGAGACGAACCAAGCACAGUGCCAACGGGAAGAAAUCUGAACAGGGGGAGCAGCCGGCCCAGUGGGGGAGAGCAUGGGAGGUGGACUGGUUCUCUCUGAGCAGCGUGAUCGGCCUCCUCUGCUUCGCCCCCUUCAUCGUCUUCUACUUCGUGAUGGCCUGCGAUCAGUACGAGUGCUCCGUCAGCCAGCCCCUGGUGGAGUUGUUCCGCGGAGAGACCACGCUGCUCUCCAUCUGGGCCCGGGCACCCUCCUUCACCUGGUCAGCUGCCAAGAUAUACGCCAUCUGGGUGGGCUUCCAGGUGUUCCUGUACAUGUGCGUUCCUGAUGUGACUCAUAAGUUUAUUCCUGGCUACGUCGGUGGAGUGCAGGACGGAGCACGAACUCCAGCUGGCCUGAUCAACAAGUACGAGAUCAAUGGGCUGCAGUGUUGGCUGAUCACUCACGCUCUGUGGUACGCCAACGCCCAACACUUCCACUGGUUUUCUCCCACCAUCAUCUUCGACAACUGGAUCCCGCUGAUGUGGUGCGCUAACAUCCUGGGCUAUGCCGUGUCCAGCUUCGCUUUCACAAAGGCUUACCUCUUCCCCACUAACUCUGAAGACUGCAAGUUCACAGGGAACAUCUUCUACAACUACAUGAUGGGCAUCGAGUUCAACCCCCGCGUUGGCAAGUGGUUCGACUUCAAGCUCUUCUUCAACGGCCGGCCCGGCAUCGUGGCCUGGACUCUCAUCAAUCUGUCCUACAUGGCCAAGCAGCAGGAGCUGUACGGCCAUGUCACCAACUCCAUGAUCCUGGUCAACGUGCUGCAGGCCAUUUAUGUGUUGGAUUUCUUCUGGAACGAGGCGUGGUACCUGAAGACCAUUGAUAUCUGCCAUGACCACUUUGGAUGGUAUCUGGGCUGGGGAGACUGUGUGUGGCUGCCGUACCUCUACACACUGCAGGGUCUGUACCUGGUGUACCACCCAGUCCAGCUGUCCAACGCCCACGCCCUGGCUGUCCUGUUGUUCGGCCUGGUUGGGUAUUACAUCUUCCGCUCCACCAACCACCAGAAGGACCUGUUCCGGCGCACAGAGGGUUCCUGCACCAUCUGGGGCCGGAAGCCGGCGUACAUCGAGUGCUCCUACCGCUCGGCCGACGGCGGCGUCCACCGCAGCAAGCUCAUGACCUCUGGGUUCUGGGGAGUGGCCCGCCACCUCAACUACACAGGUGACCUGAUGGGCUCGCUGGCCUACUGCGCCGCCUGCGGCUUCGGCCACGUCCUCCCGUACUUCUACAUCGUUUACAUGACCAUCCUGCUGGUGCACCGCUGCGUCCGCGACGAGCACCGCUGCGGCAGCAAGUAUGGCAAGGACUGGAAGCGCUACACGGACGCUGUGCCUUACCGACUCAUUCCUGGGGUGUUUUAGAGUGGGAGGGGGGAGACGGAGAGGUAGGGUGGGGGCUGAGAUUUAGAUAGAAUUAGAAUGGGGAGGCCACAUAAACAAGAGGGGGGGGUGUUUGUCAUUUAUACGUAUCAAGAAUACAGCAAACUGAGCAUUUUAACGCCACAGUUGCAUAUAUUUCUAAUACACGCGUAGCCAGCUGUACAUGUAAACUGUAUGUGCAGGUACAGACUGGUUAUUGCUAUAUUUCCCUGCCCUGGGUUAUUUGAUACACCAGUCUGCUGCUUUCAUUAUACUGUGACCUUUUAACCCACUUUAAUACAACAGUCAUUUAUAGGAACCAGGAAGACCAGGCACAACUUCAACAAGAAGCCAAAAUCAGGAAGAGAUCGGUUCUGUAGCGGACUGUUGCCCAGAACAAAAUACAACCCCAUAGUUCAUUUGUAGACGCAGCUUACUACGACCCACAUUUACGUUUAUUGUUGGGUGGCAACCUCUCGGGGCGGUGGAAAUAAUGAGCGAAGAAGGAAGUCGGUUGACGUAGUUUAAAGAGCAACGAAGGUCCGAGUAGGGAGGAGGUCGGGGUGGAUGUAUGGGUGGGGUGGAUGUAUGGGUCAAACAAACACAGGACUUUGACUCAGGAGACCGCUGUUAGUGUCCGGUGUGAAAAAGUCAACAUUUCAGUUAAAUCAACUUAGGUACAUAAGUUAAUUUACCUCAUGUACUUAACUUACAUACGUGGCUUAAGUUAAGUAACAAACUCAUUUUAACCCAAAUGAUAAUGUUUUCAUGAACUUAACUAAACUGCCACGUUUCACAUAGUUAACCACGUGUUAAACACUGCGACCACUCCGUUUGGGUUUGAGGACGUGUUGAUCUCCUGCCACAGGGAGGGGAACUCAUUUAGGAAAUGCUUCUUUGGUUCCUAUUAGAGGAUAGCAACAAAGAACCUACGUGGUCUUAUGGGUUGGAGGACUUGCUCAUUCCACACAUUGCUGUGACAUUCCCAUAAUUCAGUUUGUCGAUUUCAUAGUCAAAUAUGAGAAUUUGACGUUUUCCUGUUUUAUAGCUUUGUAAAUCUAUCACCUGUCAGGAUUUAUUUUGGCUGCUUUUUCAUAGAAAAUGUAUUUGACGAUGUCACUUAGCACUCAGGAAGCCUUUGAUGAGGGCUUUUCAGUACUCUCUGCAUUUUUAGACUAAAUGAGGGAUUAUAAAUGAAUAAGUGAUAUAUUUAUGAAUCAAUAUUGACUAUAAUGUUUUGUUGUCGCCUGACUUAAUGGACCAAAUGUGAUUGUUGGCUCUGCUGACAAAACCUGCCUCAUAAAAAAAAAAGUUAUGUAAUCUUUGUGUAAAGGUUGUCUGACUGCUCAGAUUUAUUCACUCAGUCCUUUUCAUAACUUACUGCCUGUGAAUGUUGUUACAAGAGAUUUGGGUUAGGUUUGGUAAUUGCUUGUCUUGUUUCCUUCAUUGUGGUGUCCAGUCGCAUGUUCACAUAAAUCAAUCUCGUUAUAGACUCAUAAAAAUCCCUUUUACUCAAAUUGAACAGUUUCUGAACACUUUAGAUUAUUUCACUAAGCCUGUAAAGUGCUCUGAAUCGUAACAAUUUUGAGUUAGCUGGAUCAUUGUAUUAAACCAACAUGUCGAUUAGAUCAAGCCAGGUCUAUGCUGAUAGAAAUGUCCAACCAUCAUGUCUGUUUGGUGUCUGUUUUUAUUUCCUCAUGCCAGCACUGCCUUUCUUAUGGCGAUAAAGUGAAAAAACAA